AUGUCCUCCGAUCUCAGUAUAAGUCCACGUCGUCGACCGUUUUUGAAUGCCAACCUUCCCCGUCUCUCCACCAGCCAUUGUGAUGGACGCUCCCCCAGCAACUCUUCAAAUACAGUUCGCCAUGCCACCUUGAGGAAGGAAGCUACAUUCCAUGUCUCCGCCUCUCCUUCGUCCCCAGGGGACCCAGUCCUCCAUUUACCAACCUUGCUUCGUCGUUCUCCAACUAGCCCGGACACUCUCCAGGAACUCUCUGCUGCUAGGGAAAACCGCGUUGCUGGCUGGCUCGGCAGCAUUGAGCGCAACUCUACUGGUCUCGGGAACAAGUCACUGUCGAAACAGAGCUCGCUCGAAGAUGAUAAACGCAACCUCAAGGCUCUCCGAGGUCUCAGCAAACGCCUCACCUCUGCUAACCUGAUGGAAAUCGACUCGUCUUUUAGGAACCAAGUACAAACUGGACCCCCUGGAAAGGAGAAUCUCCGUGCCGAGCUCUCUGAUAGCGGAGUUGGCUCUUCCGUUGGUGAAGGUUCGUUGCAUAGCAUAACCCAGAAUGUUGCAUCUUCUUUGCUGAAUACUAACUAUCUUGCAGAUAUUUUGAAACGCGAGGCUCGUGAGUCAGUGGUCUCGUCGAGUUCUACCCUCAGCUCUGGGGGAAAACGCCAUAUUCAGCGUCACAUCCUUCUCCCACUGCUCAAGGAACAACGCCUGAAGAACUUCCACUCCCUUGUCAGAUCUGUACCACAGCGUAUUCAGAGCAGCGAGAUUACCUGUCUUCGAGACGUUGAGAAAACUCUGCUUUAUUUGGCUCCCCAUCACACCAUCUCUAGGUCUUCGUAUCUUAGCUUCUGCGAGUUCACCAUUCAGUGUGUGCACACAACCGUUGGAUAUCUCAACGACCACGACCAACGCCGUCCAGCAGACCGUCCCUACACUAACGGGUACUUCCUUGACCUGGUCGAGCAAAUUCGCCAGUACGCUGCUCUGAUCAGAUCUUCCCGGGAGCGACGUGCUACUGCGUCUAACAGUGACGAACUUGACUAUUCCUCUGGCGAGGAACUUGUUCUUGAGGGUGGUUUUGCAAGAACCGGCCGGCCAGCCGAACUUGUAAGGAAGAAGAAGGGACAGGCUAUCUCCUUGAAAACCGGGGAGCCCUUUGUUGAACAGAAGCCAGAAGUUCCAAGCUUGAAGCGUGCUCCCAGCAUGGAGAAUCGAGAGAGUGUCAUGCGUUCCAUGGCGCGACGCAAGAAGGAUGCUCCACCAAUGAACAUCAAUGAGAAGUGCAAGCACUGCGAUAAGGUCUUCCGUCGCCCGUGCGAUCUUACCAAACACGAGAAAGUGCAUACUCGGCCAUGGAAGUGCCUUGAUACUAAAUGCAAGUACUAUCAACUCGGAUGGCCAACUGAGAAGGAGAGGGACCGUCAUAUGAAUGACAGACAUUCCAAGUCCCCAAAGAAGUACAAAUGCCUCUACCCCGGCUGUACUUAUGACACCAAGCGCCAGAGUAACUGUAAGCAGCACAUGGAAAAGCUCCAUGGCUACAAGUAUGUUCGAUCCAAGAACAAUGGCAGGGCAAGCCACCAACUGUCUCCUCAGCCAACGCCAACUACAACCAACAUCAGCAGCCCACAAGCACCAUCAGUUGAUAUUCCUACUCCUGUUAGUGCACAGGCCAUGUCCCCAUAUCUGUCUCCAUCUGAAAAACAAUCUACCCCUUUUGAGAAAGCUGCUUCCGACAGGUCUCCAAGCAUCAGUGUUCAGGACUCUGUCGGGUAUACUCCUAGCCCCGGCGUGUAUCCGGCUCCAAGCCCGAGUAUCUGCUCACCUAGCGAAGUGGGUCAGCAGAAUACUAAUCACGAUGACUUCAUGCUCUUCCCUGACUCUACCUCGUUGAACGAGUACAACACUAUGCACGAAGACUUCAAUGCCUUCUAUGCGGACCUCCAAGCUGCAGAUCCAUCCGAUACUCUGCCACAGCUUGACACAAACCUCCCUUCUGCUUCUUCCACUCCCGCCGGUAACUUUGCUGCAGGGUUCCAGGCUCAGUCUCCAUUAGACCUUGUUGGAAGCAAUGCAGACCUGGACUUCCACUUUGACGUCACCGAGAAUGAGUACACCUCUAUGAACCUUCAGCUCCUUAGUCCAGCGCAGUCUAUUGAGGCUCAAGCUAUGAAUUGCCUCCCUGAGCCUGAGAAUCUCUGCCUUCCUCUUCCUGCCUUGGACAAGAACUCCAGUAUCUCUCCGGCCGGACACGGUAAUGUUAUGCUUUACUCCCCUGCCUCGUAUGAAAGCGACGAGGGCUUUGAUGACGGCUUUGACUGCAUGAAGAUGGACAUUGGCAAGCAAACAGGCGACUUCACCCUAUUCAGUGGAUUUGAGAACAAUAAUAUGUGCUCUGGUCUUGGUGGCAACGAGUCUGAGAGCUGGAAUAUUUCCAGCAUGUUUCCUCCCCUCGGCACUCUCAACGACCAGUUGAAUAAUGCCAACUGGCCCCAGCAGUUGGGUUCUCGAGAGAUUGACAUUGACUCAAUCAUGGAAAUGGACGGUACCUUCUAA